AUGAACUGUAAGCCGAUGAUGGACCGACUGAGAGGACUGGUUGCAUGCGGAGCUUCGGCAGCGACAGCGAAUAAUAUCCUUGCGCAGUUUCUCGGCGCUUCGUUAAAGCUGGAGGAAUUGUGUUUAGUGGACUGCACGCUCACAAAUACUGCCGUCGCACUGGUGGAGGCCGUGACGAGAACGGAGAUGAAGUGCUUAAGCCUCGAGCGGAGCAAUCUCGGGGUUGGCUCUGCAGACUCGGAUGGUACAGGCCUCGCAGCCUCAUUUUGCGAGGCUGUGAAGGUAAACAAGUUUCUUACGUCACUAAACCUCGCCAACACAAACUUAGACACCGAUUUUGUUGUUGCUCUCGUUGACGCCCUCAUAGAGUCUGACACCAAACUGUUACCUGAAGACUUGGGAGAGGACCCCGAGGAGGUCACAGAGUGGUCCCUUGAGGGGAGGCUUAAUGAUGCCAUGUUCAUUAGUGGUGCUGGUCCAGAUGAUGGCAACGCCGCUCUGACAGACGACGAGACUGUCAGCGACGACGAUGAUGCUACUCCAUCACCGGACGCCAGCGAGAGUGGCGCGAGCGAGGACGCCACUGGUGACAACGAGAGUGACGACGAGGAAGCAGGUGUCGACAUCGAGGAUGAGGACUGUUCUGAGGACGACGAGGAGGCUGACCACAUGACCAAGGCACAGGAGCAGCGUGAGCGCCAAGAAAAAGAGGAACGUCAGGCCCAGCAGAAGCGCAUUCGGCAGCAGCUGAAGGUGUUUUCUCAGAGUGAGGUGCAGGAGCGUAGCAAGCUCGCUCACGAGUACUGUCAAGAGCUACGGAACGUCGUUGCCGCCAACAGCGGCCCAAUCGCCAAUCGUCGAGCCGCUGAGAGGCAGCAGAAGAAAGAGGAGUAUUGCAGCCGCCGUAGUGGCUGGUCACGACUGGAGAAACUGGUGCUGUGUGGAAACCAGGUCGGUGACCGCGGGUGCAAGCGACUUGCUUGUGUACUACGCGAUGAAGUGCCGCUGUCAGAGGACGAGGCGACACAGCGUCUGGAAGCGAUCAGUACCAUGCGGGACAGAUUUGGGGAAAGGCUCGGUGCCACCCGCAGUGCUGUCGUACGAGAGGAGAAGAAGGCAUGGCGGGCGCUGCUGCGGAAGGCGCAACGUGAAUCGCCGGCUUUCGUCACCGCUCGCAGCACGAGCAUUUCCACUGCUCUAUCGGACCUGGACGAGGAGGAUGAGUACGCCAAGGAGGCACCGCCAGUGUUGCUUACAAAUGUGGAGCGACCACAUAGCGGCAGUAGCAGCCUCGAUGGGGACCCAGCUUCGGACGGCGACGGUGACACCAAUGGCUCUAGUGACUUCACCUCAGAGGAACAACGGGAGUGGCAGGAGUGGGCCGCCCAAGCGCUUCCGCACGUAUCUGUUGCUCUCACGAAGAAAGGCAUGACCACGAUUCGCGUCAUCGAUGUGGGUAGCUGCGGCAUCAGCCGAAACGGGGUGCAGGCCCUCGCCGAGGUGCUCAAAACAAAUAAGGUGCUAGAGGCGCUGUGUUUGCGUCACAAUCCGAUCGGCUCCAGCGCACCGGUGAAGAAACGCGCGCAACCGGUGGAUGGUGUGGCGAUCUUUCCGGAAUUCGCUGAAUUUGCUGAAAUGCUCUCCGUGAACCGUGUUCUUUGUCACCUGGACAUGGGCUACUGUCACCUGCACCCCGAUGAUGUACGGGCGGUAGCCGAGGCAUUGCGCCAAAACACGUCUAUGGUUACCCUAAUCCUGGAGGGGAACCAGCUUGGCGUUGACGAGGCGUAUGAGCAGCAGAGGCACGCACACUCGUAUAUCUACGAGCUAUGGAUGACUGCGGCGCGGCCGGGCAGCGCGCUGUGCAACCUCAACAUGAACCACAACAACAUUGCCGCUUGUCUGUGGCAGGAGGAAGUGGCGGCACUGGCCGCUGUAUGUGGCCAGCUCACCUCUCUUUCGCUUUCUCAUGUGGGCUUACAACUUCGCCAUCUCCAGGCCUGGUCUGAGGCACUUCCGCCAGCGGACGCGUCCUAUAGCCCGACCGUACGGAUCCUGCACUUGGCUCGCAAUGAGCUCGCCUCUGAGGUGGAUGGUGCAGCGCUGGGAUUGCUCUUGAGACACUUUACGGCACUCGAAGAGCUGUCGGUGGAGGAGAACCCCCUACUCGGCUCGAGCGGGAUGGCUGUUGCGUUGGAAUACCUGCCGGUCACAAUGCGGCGACUCAACUGCACCGCGACUGGCUUGACCACCCCCUGUGUCGGCGCCGCGCGGAACCCGGUACUGCCGGUCGCGGUGGCCGAGAAGCUCACGUGUUUGCUGCUCGGUGACGUAGAGGCCCCAACGGUGGCGGGGCUUGGUGAGUGGGUGGCUUUUCUGAAAAAAGUUGCGCCACAUCAGCUGCAGUUCCUCUCCCUGUGGUCCCGUGGAAUGGCAGACAGGGAGGCCGAUGUUAUACCACUCCUACUUGACUUGGCACAAACGUGCCCGUCGCUGCUGCACAUAGACAGCGGCUUUCAGCCGCAGUUUCACACUUCCACUCUCGCCAGCAGCUGCUUUGAAGAGAUGGAGCGACUUCUUCUCCCCCGACGCAUUCAGUGUGCCGCGCAGCAGUACAAGGCCUAG